AUGCCUACGGAUCUAGAACAGCUCGUUGAGAUGGGCUUUGACGCAGAACGAGCCCAGCUAGCUGUGUCCACGACAGGAGGCUUACAAGGAGCCCUCGAAUGGCUCGAAACUAACCAAGACAAGUCUCUCGAUGAAAUCAAAGCUUCCAUCUCUUCGAAGAAAGACGUAGCCAUAAACCCAGACGAACCACCUGCCCUAAAACCAGGCGAGGAAGCAAGAAGCCUUGUCUGCAACGAGUGUGGGAAGAAGUUUCGCAGCCAGGCCCAAGCUGAAUUCCACGCAUCGAAAACGGAGCAUGUUGACUUUUCUGAAUCGACGGAGGAAAUCGCCCCGUUGACGGAGGAGGAGAAAAGGGCCAAAUUGUCAGAAUUGCGGGAGAAGUUAGCUGCAAAACGAGCGCAAAUGUCGGAGCAGGAUAAGAUUAAUCACAAGAGAAAUGAGGAAAUACGCAAAAAAUCCACAAAGGAAACGCAAGAUAUCAAGGAGGAACUCCAGAAGAAAGAGCGUUUGAAAGAAGCAGCAGAAAAGCGACGGGAAAGACAAACUGAAAUAGAAGCCAGGAUGCGUGCAAUCGCAAAGAUCGAAGCCGAUAAGGAGGAAAGACGGCAGCGUGCUGCGAGAGAAAAAGCUGAGCGGGAAGGUAGGGCGCCGCCACCAGCAGCCGAAGUUACAACCCCGCUUGCUCCCGCGACGUCGAAACCAGCUUCAGCAUAUACAGAAUGUAGACUACGAUUACAGACGCCGAAGGGAAAUGUUAUCAAGACGUUCCCUGUUGACACGACUUUGUUCGAGGUGGCGGCUGCACUGUCUCAGGAGGGUGACAUUGAAGUUCAAAGUUUUACGCAGAACUUUCCUCGGAAGGUGUACAAUGUGGAAUCGUUUGGGGAGACGUUGAAGGAGCUUGGGCUAAUUCCUAGUGCGAACUUGAUCGUGAAAUAG